AUGAAUAAGCAUUCAUACGAUCCUCUGUUGACCGGCGAUGACGCAGAGGACACCAUUAUUGAAGAUACUUCUCGUCAUUCUCAUGGGAGUACACGGCGCAACUUCCUAUCGACAUGUUUGAUAACUGCUACCAAGAUAUUCCCCUGGAUUCUGUCAUUCAUAUUGGCGGCCAUCAUUAUCUACGACAGAACUGAUGGCUGGGAUCGAUUUCGCCAACAUAAACUUUACGCUUCACAGCAAGCCUAUUCUCCGGCUCAAACCGAGAUUAGCUACAAAUUGACAAAAUACCAUACUAAUAUUGUCGAUGCCCCCAAAGAAUUUCAAGGAGGCCCUUCUGAAACUUUGAACAGGGCAUGGGAUAAUUUGUUUAAUUUUGGUAUCUCUACAAUUCCUGAAGCUCAAGCAAGACUAUUACCAAACUAUACAUCACCUGUACCGGGCCACGAAGACGAAUACAUCGUGGAGCUUGACGUAUUUCACCAACUCCACUGCCUUAAUAUCUUCCGCAAAGCUUUCACCCCUAUUUACCUCUCAGAUUGGGAAUAUGUUAAAGAUGCAGAGGCCUCAUUGAAUUGGACAGUUCCCGAAUCAUAUCCUUAUGAGGCUUUUGAAGAAAAUCGAGUCAAAAACAGUAUCAACCCAUGGCAUAUCGGUCACUGCCUCGAAAGUUUGCGCCAAUCAAUCAUGUGUCACGCCGAUAUUACCCCAGCUGUUUGGCACUGGGACUAUUCUAUUCCCAACCCAAUGAGAAACAAGCCUUGGCUCACUGUUCUACAUACGUGUCGCGAUUUCGACCGUAUCCGUGAGUGGGCCAAGAAGCGCAAGAUACGGUGGGAUUUUAACGACGAGGUUGAAAUACCGCAGCAGUUUGGUGUACCAACAUAUCCAUGA